AUGGCGACGGUCCAGGCCCGGCACCGGGGGCACAACAUACCCGACGGCGGCAUGACAACGUUCAACGAGAUCGAGUACGACCGGGAGGGCGGAGUGUUCCUGAACCGGAUCAGACUUAUCCUGUUGAGCGUCAUUGUAUUCCUGUUGAUCGUCUUCUCGGUGUUCGUUGGCCGGUACACGGCACAACUGCAAUUCCGACAGGUAAACAUCACGGUAGAGGCGCCAACGCCGAUUUCAACUCCGGCGGUCGUAAAUACAUAGAUCCUGGCUAUCUAACGUCCGAUUAUAUGUAUAUAUAUAUAUAUAUAUAUAAAUAUUAUAUACUUUAGCAGUAAUAUAUAUGUAACGCGUUAUUUUACUAACCAACUAGUUACUCCACGACAUUCCUUAAUAUGCUCGUGUAUGAAUUUAUACGAAUACACGGUUUCACUAGUUAAUACAUAAAAUGUCAAUUGGAUUUUCGCUUAUUCAUAUCGUUACAAGCCAUAACCGGGAUCGGAGCAGAUAACAUGCGAUAUUUGUCGCCGUUAUCAUUCUAUAUACCAGGAUAAUUAUUAUUACGGCCGUUAAUGGUUACACUUAUAGCCGUAAGGUAAUAUCGAACUGUACCGUACACACCCAACCUCAAAGGUCUAUUCACACACAACAGUGACGUGACGGUGCGGUGACUGUUCCGGGAUUCCCCCGGCGAAAUCUAUAACAUUUCUAAAGGGGAGAUAAGCUUGUUGUUCUCACUUGCCCGGCGCGUGACCGUCCCGACGCAAACGGUGUCGUCGCCGUUAUCGUGCCGUGAAUUCGCGAUUACUUGCCGACGAUAUUUUUCAUAUUCCACGGCCGUGAUUUUCGCCGUGUUCCGUUCUCUCUCGGUUUUCGAAAAUGAACGACGAGAAUCUUAUUGAAUGAGUUCGGUUUUAAGUGCCUAUACUCAAUGACGGAUGGACAACUGACCAUUGUGAAUAGAAAUCACGGCCAGUAGAAUCCCGGAACGGGUACGGCACGGUCACGUCACUGUCACGUCACUGCCGCGUGUAAAUAGACGUUUAACUUAUUCGUUUGAACGAAUGUUGCAGUGUAUGGAUGUUAUCAGUGUAUAAUAGGUAGUUCGUAGUUUAUUAUUUUUUGAUUUUUUUUUCAGCGUUGUAUCGUUUUUUGUAAUACAAUAAGGAUUGUUUUUUAAUGAAAACGAAAUUUGAAACAACUAUAAAAAAANUCUAUAUACCAGGAUAAUUAUUAUUAUGGCCGUUAAUGGUUACACUUAUACCCGUAAGGUAAUAUCGAACUGUACCGUACACACUUAACGAAUUCGUUUGAACGAAUGUGCAGUGUAUGGAUGUUAUCAGUGUAUAUUAGGUAGUUCAUAGUUUAUUAUUUUUUGAUUUUUUUUUCAGCGUUGUAUCGUUUUUUUGUAAUUUAAUAAGGAUUGUUUUUUAAUGAAAACGAAAUUUGAAACAACUAUAAAAAAAAAAAAAAAAAAAAAAAAAACAAUAAUAAUAAGACGUGAUAACAGUAGGUUUUUGCUAUAUGAAAAAUAUGACUUUUUUUUAUGAAUGAAAGUAAAACGUAUCAAAACAAGAAAAAAAAGUCUCCGUAGGAUUAUUGGUUAGUACAACGGUAUAAUGUGAUAGACAUAAAAGAAGUUCUAAUAAUUAUUUUACUUAUUAAAUCGUUUCUGGUAGUUUAUACAAAUGUAUCUACUUAGUAUAUAGAAUGACUAGUUGAAAUACGUAUCUUUGUAUUCGAUCAAUACAUUAUCUGAAAUCGCUCGUAGUUUUAUAAAAUAAUUAGUGAUUGUAUAAAGUGACGGGAUUUCAUAUAUUAACGCUUACACAAAUAAUUACGCAAAUAUGUUACAGUUAAAGUGUUGAAUUCCUGUAUUUUAUAAAUGAACUAAGUAGCUAGUGAAUAACUUACGAAUAAUAUCCGUUAAAAAACAUGAAAUAAAACAUGAAAAUCCUUAACUAGUUAUUUCAUAGAAUAUCUAGUUAUUCUACACAAUUAUGGUUUGGCAUAUGUUAAAGUAUGAUAUUACAUUACAAUUUAAAAUAUAUUAUAAUAUUUUAGAUAAUUUAAAUUCAAUUAAUUAUUUAUUUGUUUAUGCAAGCCUAUCGAGGCAUUUAGAGUUGCACAAUAUUUAUUUUUUUCCGUCACCGCCUUAUAUCACAUUUAUAGUACAAGUGCACUUAACAAAACCCUGACCAGUUCCCGGUGACCGCGCAGUUGCCGCAGAUCUUAAUUUAACACUUUUAUUUGAAACAAAUGCCAUAGCUAACAUAAUUUAUGGUCAUUCCGUGAACUCGAGAUUAUAGUUGUUUCAACACUCCAGUAAUUAUAACGUGCAGUUGGGUAUUAAACAAAUGAAAAUAUAAAAAUUACUUGUUUCAUUUAAAUUUAUCUUACCAUCAUUACGUCCAAACUGAUUAAACCCAUCUUCCGUUUAUUUUAAAACACUUGCAAUAAUUGAACGGGGAUCACCUCUUCUUUUAUCUACAUCGAAGAUUUUGCUACGCACUGUAGGACCAAUAUUAAUAACUGCAAAUUUAGUAUUUGAUAAAUCUUGUAAUCUUUUUGACUGUUUUUCAAAUUUUCUUUAGUUUUUUCCUCUCAUUAAAACAUUGAGAUAUUUUCAAUCACAAUGUAAAAGCUAAUAUGGCUUCGCUAAAUGACAUAAUUGACAUAUCAUAUCACAAUGUCAGCAAACAAAGACCAACAAUUUANCAGAAUAACCAUAAAAAAGAGCACGUUUAACAUUACGGGUUGUACGACCUAACGAACACGUGAUUGUAGUUAAUAUAAUAUUAUUCAAACGAUUAUUUUAAUGGAUUAUUCGUGGUAAACGAUUGAGGUACAAUUUUGUCUUAUUUUUAUUAUUUAACAAUUAUCGUUAGACAUUGUUGAAAAACGUAUGUAACCUGUUUGAUUAAAAAUCAAAAUUUGAAAAUUUGAAAUUGUAUUUUACAUUUUAUGUAUACCAUUUUUUUUUUUCACUCGUAAUUAUUCAAAAAAGUACUAAAUAAUUUUUAAACAAAUUAUGACAAUAUAACCCUAGUACAGACAAUUGUACCAUAAACCUUUUAGUUUACCACUGAUUAAAUAUUUAUAUUCAAUGAAUACCGUGUUAUCAACUAUCACAACCAUGACUAUCUAUAUUAGUGAUGGUUUCUCACGCUAAUAGAUCUAUGGGGUCUACACAAAUUGCGAACUUCAAUCAGCGUAAAAUUUACUUUGUAUAACGUAUUUAGUAUUUUGUAUUUAUUGGAAAGUAGUUAUUAAAAUUACUUGAAAAUUUCUAUUGUAUUGUCACUGAAACUUAGUGUAGUUUGUAUUAAGUAUUUAAACACAAUUAGUAUAAAAGUAUUUUGUCCACCCUUUACACUCGUACAGUAAAUUUAGAUUAAAUUUAUAACAUCGACAAUAUUAAAAUACACACAUUUAAUUAUAAUACUUUCUGGUGUACACAAAACAUACUAUAAUAAUAAUUUGUAAAGCGGUCUCAUUAGUAAUUGAUACGUCCGACAAACGUGACAUUGCUGAAUUUUUGUAAUUUUGGUUCAUUAAAUAACUGUAUUUUACGAGAAAGUAAUUAACUAAUGAAACCUUUUUUAAAUGCUACAUAUGGCUCAUAAUAACAAAGCACUCAUCUCACGGGAAAAACUUCGCUUGAAUAUUUGACAACUAUAAUAUUGUAAUUGGUGAUAACAAGUAUAACCACAAAAUGUAACUGGGUAAAAACAUCAAGUCAGACUUUUCUCUUUUCACAUUACAAUUGUUCAAAGAACUAGUAUAUAUGAUAAAUAUUGAAUAAAAUAAAACAAAAUUUACACUUAAAGGAAUUGCUUAUGAUGUAUAAUUUAGUAGAUUCAAAUCUAAACGCAAGACGAAGCUAUAUGGGAAUUAUUUUGAUAAAUUGUUUGAUGUUGGACAGGACAUUUAUUCCAACCUUAGGUAUUGGACUUAGGUAUUGGGUAUUGGUAUAAUAUUAUUAUUCAAUACAUAACAUUUUUGUUAUAUUUAUAUUUAUAUAAAAAAAAAAGGCCGUUGAACCAGAAGCUAAGGAUAUACAAAUAUCGUUUUUGGCUAUCGAGCCAGACGGUUACAAGGUUGAGUUCGAACCGAAAUUGUUCAACGACGAAGGGAAAAUUAUUUGGGCCGACGUCAUUUAUCACGGGCGAGUGGAAGCGAUUUUUCGACCAAAAAUCGAUACGGCUGUCAUUAGCCUCCAUUUUGGACUUUUGAAAAUCGUCGGGAAUCCAAUACUGAAACGCAGACUCAGCAUGGAAACAUCUACCGAACAGGUCCUGCGGGUGAGUACGAGUGAAUUUAAAAAUUAUAAAUAGUUAAUAAAUAUCGCGAAAUAAUUUAAUACGUAGGUAGGUAACGAAAAAAAGCUGUUAUAAUAAUUUCAGGAACUUGAGUGUAGCUGAAAAAGUUUUCGUUUACUAUAAGGUAAUGAUUAAAAAUUAUGAGUACUUUUUAACAGUUCAAGGAUAGUUUCUGGUUGCAAAUGUUGUAAAGUUUGUGUAUUGGAAAGAAAUAAUUGAUUUUUAAUAGUUUUGUUUUUAUAUAUAUAUAAAAAACACUGGAAUAUGUUUACCAAAUAGUAAUUAGUGUUAUUUUUUAAUCUUUUGCUCCCGUUCACUGAAAAAUAAUGAUAGAGAUCUGAAAUUUCUUAUGAAAUAUUAUUAAUAUAAUUAUUUAAUCUAUGUGGAAAAAACCGUUUUGGUCCAGUAAAAAUGAUUGGAAAUUUGAUCAAAUAUUACGAUAAAUACUUUUCUGGUAUUAUUCAAUGAUCUAAAAUUCCUUAUAAGUUUUUUUUUUAAGCGCUGUAGAUCAAAUAAUGAUGACAAAAAUCACGAUAUAUCGUUUACUAUUUUUUAAAUUGAUGUGGGUAAAACUUUUUUGGUACCACAUACAUUUAAAAAAAAUUGAAAUAAACACCACGGACAGUUAUAAUUUAUUUUAUUUUAAUAAUUUAUUAUAAUUUAAAUUUUUUAAAUUGUACCUUCAAUUAUUGAAGUUAAUUAAAAUUAAUUACAAAUAUUUAACCGAAAUUCACUCAGGAUCGUUUUUCGUUUGAAUAAUAUAUCGUUGCGUUCUGGUAUAAAAUGAAUUACCCUAUACAUAUAUACUAUCAUUCGAAAUAUCUAUCUACAAAAUUGUAUUUUAUCAUAGUGCAAAAUAUAUAGGUCUUUUAGAUUUCGAGUUUAGUGAUUUAGCAAUGUAUUGUUUUACAAAGAUGUUUGUUUUUAUAUUUUAUUUUUAUUUGUAAUAUUUUUUUUUUUGUGUAAACACUAUUUAUACUAGAAAGCUUACUUCAAUGUAAAUGAUGUAAAUCCUUUUCUGAAAGAAAAUUUUCCUGGGGUGGUUCAUUUAUCGAUUUUCCAAUUUUAUUCGAUAAAGAGUUUUUAGGGGUUUUUUAGGAAAUCUGAAAAACCAAAAAAAGAAACUCAGGAAAAACAGAAAAAUCGGUACUAUAUUAAACAAAUAUUAUUAAAGAAAAUAUGUAAUGCUUAUUUAAUUUUUUUACAGUAAUAUAAUAAAUACAUUGAAGACAGUGCGUCACUAUUAACUGCAUUCCGCUCUGAAUCGUUUUUCGUUAGCAAUAGUUUAUCGUUGCUUAGAUACAAGUAUAUUCAUUAAAUUGCCUUUUGUAUCCUACCUUUUCAACUUCCUACGCACAACAGAGACUGUACCGUUCCCAUUAUUCUAGGACGAAAUUGUAUUCCAUAAAUUCAUAAUUAUUAUAUUAGUUUAUUUUCCUAUCUCUAUAGGAUUUUUUCGGAGGACAGAUCUUGUAUGCAUUAUGUUUUCAGGACGUUUUUGAGUACAAAAUCGACACCGAAGUGAACCCCGUUAAGGAGACUCUGACGGUAACUACCAGGGAAAACAUGCGGUCCGGCCAUUUCUACAGUCUGUUCAUCAAUUUCACAGGAAACAUUAGCAAAAUACCCGAAAAGGGCGGUUUUUUCAAGGUGAUAUUUUAUGACCGCAAACUGAAUAAAAUAUUCUGGUACGUAGCUACGAAGCUUGCACCACAAGGUGCACGACAUUUACUGCCCUGUGUGGAUGGUCAAACACAUAAAGCAUUUUUUGAAGUAAGUGUCGUUAGAAAAAACGGCACCAGCGUGAUUUUCAACACCAAACUCCAGACGACUGAACAAUAGUAAGCGUUUUAUUAAUAAAUGACAAUAUUUUAAGAAUAUACCAAGAAUAAAUUAAAAUUCUGAAACCACGUAUGAAACAAGAAAAAUAAAAUCGAUCUUCCCUCUUUUUUAUUUUUUUCAGCAAUGGCGAUCUUCUCAUAGAUCGAUUUGAAAAAACUGGACUUGUUAGACCGGACUCGUUGGGAUUGUUCAUGUCCAACUUUAAAUCCCAAUCUCUUAAGAAAAAAAAUUUCGUAGAACUGGUUGUAUGGACAUUUACACCAAUUGAAAGUUUCUCGCUCUUAAAUGAAGUCCUGCCAAACACGUUGGUUUUCAUGGGAACUUAUCUAGAAACUGAUUUUCCGACCAAGAAACUCGAUAUAGUCAUUGUACCCAGAGACGAGAUUGGUUCGGCUGAAAGUCCGGGUCUGAUUGUCAUCAAGUUUGUAGACAUUUUUUCAUUUAAAUUUCACUCCUCUUUCAUCGGUCGUUUUGUUAUAUUUUGGAAAAUUUAAAUUCAUUGGGGAAGAUUUUAUUUCUGAUUCACAUUUUAGUUUUCCAAAUAAUCGAAAAGACGGUAAAAUAUACAGUAACGUUUUUACACAUGUAAUUUUCACAGAAUACUUCUAUUAUUCUUUUUUCCACGUGAUAAAUAUUUUGUCAAAUUUUAAACUGCAAAAUGAUAAAUAUGUAACAUUGGUAUAGAGUAAUUUUGGUGGCCGUCUAUGGUACAGGCUUUUGUGUUUUUAGCUUUAAUUUCACUACACAGUUUAUAAAUUAUUGUGUGUUUUAGUAUUAUUAGUUUUAAAUAGACGUCCUAGAAUAAUGGAAACGGGUGCUGCUACUUUUAUAGGUAAUUUAAUGUAUAUCUGUUAGCAAUGGUUUUUUUUUUGCUAACAAAAGAACGACUCUGAACGCUGUUUAGUCGAUAGUGAUGGUUUUUCAAUAAUAAAUAUGUCAUAUUAUGAUAAAAUAAUUAAAUUGGCAUUAUAUUUUUUCUUCAAAAAUUUUUGUUUAAUAUUGUACUGAGUUUUCCAUGUUUUUUCUCAAUUAUUCACAUUGGCUGGGAAAACUCUUGGAAAAUCGAAAAAUUACCCACCCUAAAGGACCUCCAAAAAAAGAUUUUCUUUCAGAAAUUUGCUAUCAUUGUCAACUGGAUCAAAAUUGCUGGUUUAAAUGUUGUCAAGUAAAAAAAAACAUCAAAAUAUUUUACUUUAUAUUUAGUAGAUUUCCCCGUUUUUCACGAUUUUUUUCAUUUAUUGCAGUAUUCUUGGAAAUUCAAAAAAUUAACUCAUUAAAGUACGUUUCCUGUCAGAUUUCCGUUCAGGAAAAGUGCUACCAUUGUUAAUCAGAGUUAAUUUCUGGUAGGAAUGUUGUUCACAGAAAACAAUGACCAUAAUUUUUUUUUACUAAUACCUAUAUUUCGUAUAUUUUCCGUUUUUUCCAACAUUUUAUCCCAGAUUUUCUGGAUGAUUAUAAAAACUUCUUGAAAAAUUAAAAAUUGACUUCUCUAAGUUACCACGCAGAUAAAAGUUUCUUUCAAAAAGUACGCUACUCUUCAUACAGUGGAGCAAGAUUUCUAGUAGAAAAUUUUUUCAAAUAAAUCAAUAAUUGUUUUGUGCUUAAUAUAGUCUGAGGGAGCGAUGACUUGAGACUCUGAGUGCAUCCAAAAUGCAUUUGUUUUUUCCUCGUUUAUAUAAAAAGGAAAAAAUGAAAACAAUUUUUUUUCGUCACAUUGGUUAAAACUAGGAACCCCUAGGACGAUAAUAAGCAUAAAUUACCAUUAGUUUACGACAAAUAUGCUUUAAGAAGGAUAAUAUGGAGUUGAUUAAAUUCAAAAAGCUUUAAUUUUGAAAUUUAGUCAGUCCGCUUAAUUCUGACUUCACCAUCAUUCUUAAAUCCACAAUAUAUAGAAGUUCAAAAAAAAAAAAUGAAAAAUUCUAUUUGUUCCAAAAAUAGCCUAAAUGUUUUUUAAAAUUUGACCACGUCUAGAAAGGGCAAAUAAAAUUUUUCUGUCCAAAGUCUUUACAAAGAUUUUGAACAUAAUUACAACAAAUAACGAAAUUGACAAAAUAAUAAAAACAAUAUUUUUGUAAAUUUCACGUUUUUCUUACAUUUUCUCCUCGUUUUUCUUGGAUAUUAUGAAAAAAAUAACCUCUUAAAAGCACCAUCUGGACAACGUUUUCAGUGAUAAGGUUUUGGAAAACAAAAGCGGGAUGUCGAUAGCACAAUAUCAGGACACCGUCGAAACACUAAUCGAACAUAUCAUUAGACAAUGGCUGAUGCCGAUGCAAGUAGUCGAUCAGUCAAGUACCGAAGAAAAAUGGUUAUUCGACGCGAUCGCUAAUUUCCUAAGAAUCGUCAACUCUGACAAUGUAAAGUGAAUACAAUAUUAUUAUUAUUAUAAUUCUUUCGUUAAUCGUCAUUUGCUUUAUAUUGUAAAAUUUGGUUGUCCAAAGAUUUUACCGGGUUGGAAUCUAGAAGCUAGAUUUCAACUAGACAACAUUCAACCUGUAAUGUUUUACGACAGUUUUACAAAUUCUAAAUCACUCUCCGAUAUUGGAUACCGUUCAAAUAAAUUUAAAUAUAUUAGUUCGCAUAAAGGUAAUAAUAAUUACAGAAUAUCUACGUAACCAUUUCAAUUAUUAAAACAUGAUUUAUACCUAGGUACGUCGAUUUUGCGAAUGUUGAACUACACGUUUACCGAGGAUAUUUUUAAACAAACUCUUAGGGAAUACAUACACACCGAGUAAGUUAUAAUACUAAUAAUAUUACAAUAUAUUCGAUUUACAUAAAACAUACCUACCUAUUUAAAGGUUUAUUAAACGUUAAAUAUUUUUUAAUUGGUUAGGAUUUACAAAUAUAACGACGCUGCGAGCUUUUGGAAACUAUUGGAUGACAACGUGAGACUCAAGUCGACUAAGAUACCUAAAAACUUGGAUGUAUUUCAGAUCGUCAACUCGUGGACACGGAAUAAAAAUUAUCCACUGAUCACGGUAGAAGUUCAGGGUGACGAUAUAAUUUUGAAACAAGUGCGAUAUGAAAAAGAUAAAUCCCUGUUAAUCAUAAUACGCGCACAGCAAAAUUAAACCGCAUUAUUUUUUUAUAUAUACACACUAUGUGUAUAUAGUUUCGGUUCAACUACAACCAAACUAUACCCACAGAUGAAUGGAUAAUACCCGUAACCCUGACUUCGGGUAUGGCAUAUAGCACGACGAUUUGGAUGGAAAACAGCAAAGAAGUCAGGGUCCCGGGAUACAAUUUAGCGUCAAAUGGUUCGUGGAUAUUGGCCAAUCAACACCAAACAGGUCAAGUAAAUAAAUCAGUCAGUUAUAUGGAUAGAAAUUUCCGAAAGAACGAUUUUUAUAAUAAUAAGAGAAAAAUGAAUACUAAAAAUCAUUCGUAAAAUACGUUACUCUAUGUUUUGAUAUGUUAAUUGAUCGGAAGCGUUAUAUUACAUUUCCCCCGAGAGAGAAUGUCUUUCUGAGGAAACCCUGUAUUAAGUAAUUUUCUCUAGAAGAUCCAACAUAUGACUUGAAAGUUGUACCAAAAAAAAUAUGAUUUUUUAAAUAAAAACGGAAGAAGAAUUUGAAGAAGAAGUAGUCUUAUCUUGUAAAAUAGUGCCCUACAUAGUGAAAAUAUCAAGGGGAACAUAACUAUAGAAUUUUUUCUUUACGAUAUAAAUCAAAAUUGCUUCAACUAAUCUAUGAAAUUGAUGACUUUGUUGUAUUGUGAAAUAAGAGUGAAGAAACCAAAGUUGAUAUUUAAAAGGACGUUAUUAUAAUACUUAAACAUAAGGAUUCAUUGAUAUUAAUCUUUCGAAAUUUGACGCGAAAGGAUCGUAAGAAAUCAUAUUAGGAAGCAUAUUGGAUUUUGCUAAUGAAAUAAUUGUUAUUAAUUUACAAAACAUAGAGAAACGAGUUGGUCUAAGAGUAGCAUUAUAAAAUAGUAUGCGUAAAAUAAGUACUCUUUUUCGGAAUUUAUCAAAUUACGCGGGUGUAAUGCUAUUAAAUCAAAAUUUGGAGAUUUUUCAAGAUUACAUUUCUAAAUGUGAAUAUAAUUUAAUUAGGAAUAAAUGUUUACUUUAUUUUUUGCAUUUUCUAAAAAUGAGAAUUAUCAUAAAUAUACUAUUUUAAAAUUGUCUUCUUUCCGGAAUUAUGAUUUCUACUUAAGAGUUCUCUAUCUUAAUUCGAUUUUAUCGAUCCCAGAAUUAUAAUAAACUGUUUUCUUCUAUAAUAUUACAAUGAUUAUAUUAUAAUAUUUACAAGAAUUUAAAAUAAUUGAUUAUACGUUUUUCAUUUUUUCUUAUUUCAGGUUACUAUAGAGUUAUAUACCGUGACAACUUAUUAGGUAGGAUAUUGCACGAGUUCAAAACGGGCAAUUCAUUCGAUCCGUACACCGUAGGACACGUGGUUGGAGACAUUUUCGAAGGAGCGUUAACUGGCAUAAUAAAAUUCAUUGAUGGGCUGGAAUUUCUCAAAAAUUUCAUUGAAAACGCUGGUCCAUAUUAUGGACACUGGAAUCCUAUUAUAAACGCAUUCAAUAAAAUAGAGAUGGUAUUAAAAGGCACUAAAGAACACGACUCAUAUUUGGUAACUAUUUAAUAUUCCACAUAUUAAUAAUGCAUAAUUAGGCAUCAGGUUGAAAAUGUUUAUAGUUAUAUGUAUAUGGCCAGACGCAACGAAAAAGUUUGUAUUACACUUUUUAUUACUUUUGAUUUAUUCUUUUUAGACGAGUAGGGAUAUGGAUUUUUUAUAGAUGAUGCUGUAAAAAAAUACGAACUUUAACGUACAUUUUUAAAAAUGCGAACUUUUUCGUAGCAGCAAGUGUUUUAUGGUAUAUAGUGUGAUUUACUCAAAUGGUUACAAGAUAUAUUUGUGUUCAUUGAUCUCAGAUUAAAAUGAGAUGAACUCUUGGAAAAGAAAAUCCUUGUACUUUUAUGUGCUACAAAUAUAGAUCAAGUAUAAUAGAUAAUAUACCACAAUUAUAUUCAAAUUUGCAAAAACUUCAAAAAAAUAUAGAAAAUUAAUUAAAGACAAAAUAUAAAUAAAAGUCUCCACCACCAAAAAUGUUCAAAAAACAUAUUUUACAAAAUGGCCAUUUAAAAUAAUUUCAAACAUAUUAUAACAAAAUUUGUAUUUAAUGUCCCCCCACAAAAAAAAAAAAAAAAACACUUGAUUUGCUAACUGUAGUGGAGAGAAAUGUAAUUAUUUAGCAAAUAAUUGUAUAGAACAAAUAUUAUUUCCAAUGUCAAGUCAUCAUACACUCUGUACAUAGAAUUAGUCUAUGUAAAAAUUACUUGUUUAAAUAAACCAUCAAACCUACUUCUACAUUACUAUACUUUUAUUUCUCAACUUCAAUAAGAAACCUAUUAAAUUAUAUUUUAAAUAUCCUUUUUAUGUCUAAAAUAACAAAAUAUAAUAUAUUUUAUCUUCUAUGGUUAUAAAGCAAUUACAUACUCUAAUUUGGUUUUAGCUAUUUAAAACUUGUUUAAAUAAAAAUAAAUUUAAUAUUAAUAACUACAUAUAAUAUAUGUUUACUUGCGUAUUAAUAGUGUUCUAUAGUACCAAAAUAUUAUAUAUAUAUUUUUAUAAUAACUUUCAAAUUUGUUAAAUACUAAUAUUAUACCAUGUUUAAGACUUACACUUCAGUAGUGGCUAAAACAGCGUACAAUGUGUUCAACAAAGCAGAAGUAAAUAACUCCGACCUGAUAUUCGGCAUGAUAGAGAUGUUAUGUUUUGUGGGUCGAGCGGAACUAGACGAAUAUGUGUUAAAGGUUAAAGAGAAAUAUAAAUCGUGGAAGAAUGGAACAAAUACGAAUCCGUAAGUCGAUGUAUAACCCAUUCAUAUAUGAUGUAUUUCAAGAAUAAUAAAUAAAUAAAUUUUAUUUUAUUCGAUUUUAAUUUCAGUUUCUGGCCUAAUUAUCGUAGAGCCGCAUACUGUACAAUACUGCAAUAUGCUUCUGUAGAAGAUCAUAGAUUUUUUAUAAGAAAAUAUAUUCAUUCCAAAUGGACGCCUGACAGAAAAACCUUAGCCAAAAGUUUUUCUUGUUCACGAAACACGCAAUUUUUAACUUGGUAAACAUUUCAAUAGACACAUAUACACAUUGGCGUAUUUUGGGCUUUUUUUUUUGUGUGGUUUCCUGACCCCUGGCAAUUCUUUUUCUCCAGAAAUAUUAAAAUAACUUCAUCACGAGUUCAUACUUGAUUAUAAUACACAUUAAAAUCUUAUAAGUGGUAAUUUUCUUUUAAAAAAAUCCUAGGAUCCCUUCAUAAGUUUUAGAAUAUAAUAAAAUUAUUACAGGAAUAAAGCAUAAACAAUUUGACUGAAUAAAUUAAAACUUAUUUAACUCUUAAAUUUACUGAGUGACUGAGUAAUUUCCCAUAUUAGUUUAUUAAUUUUGUAUAUUUGUAUAUUCACUUGUAUACUAUGUAUAUUUAUUUGUAUAUAAGGUAUUCAGAUAAUACACUUAAACCUAAUAUUAUUAAUGUUUGGCAGUCUCCAAUUAUUAUUAAUCCAAGAUAGAAAUUUUUUAAGCAGUUUUAAUAUAUUUCGUCAUUUUUUAACAAUAUUUUGUGAUAUUUCAAUAAUUAAUAGAACUAGACAAACUAUUAGAAUGGAUUUAAUCCUCAGGAAACCCCCUCCCCUAAAUACUCCACCUAAUAUACUAUAGCUAAACUAAUAGAUAAAUGUAUAAUAUCAACUUAAUCAUAAUAUCUUCGAUAGGAUAUUGACGUUUGACGGAUUACAUUCCGAGGACAUGUCCGACGUUUGGAUCUCGAUGGCAGAUAACCCAAUAUCUGGUCCAUUCGUGUUUUACUUCUUUCAGAACAAUUGGGAAAAAUUAUACGAGGAGUAAGUUUAAAAUAAUAAUUUUUUUUACAAUUUUUUAUAAGCACUUAUAAAGGUAUGUUAAAAUAUAGUUAUGCAGAUGUCAAUAUUAACUUGCUGAGUACAAUGUUGCUCGCGGCGAUUCGUGGUUUAAACACUGACAUCGAUCUUGAAAUGCUACAGAUGUUUACCGAAAAACAUUUUAGCGACAUCGCUGAAAAUAAAAAACACCCAGCAUUGCUGGAGGUUUUGUACUUGGAAAAAGAGAUACUAAAACAAAAGAUCUGGUGGCGGAAAACAUAUGAAUCAGUGAUCGGCAAUUGGCUAUGGAAUGAAAUCUUGAACGAUUCCAAAUCCAUUGAUAAAAAACAAAGCAUAGAUGUCAAAAAAUCUGAAACCGACCGUAAUGACAGCGUUACGAAUACAAGCACGAUAAAUGUCAGUCAAACGAAAAGUAUAAACGAGAAAUUCGUUACAUCAACUAAAUUGAAUGCGACCACACCCGUGACACAAGCAGAAAUCCCUACUUCAAUUUCGUUCGAAAAAACGAAUUCCGAAAAAAAAAUACAAGCGUCCAGCUCCAUAGUUACAUCACCAAUUACUACAAUAAACGAAAAUGUGUUAACGACCACGUUCGAAAAGGAUGGUGGAUAUGAAAUUGGACCAGUGGCGGUGGUAGAAAACACUAAUCCAGCAAGAAGUACCGAGCCCACGGAAGUGGUGAAUUCAAAUAACAACGUAAACAAAACUGACUUUAUAGCUUUGCCGAAAUUAAAACUAAAUCAAAAAAUCAUAUUAAUCUAAUAAAUAUAAUAAUAAUACCGAUAUCUAUUAAGCAAUUUAGGAAAA